AUGACCGGUUCUGGGACACCCGCGCCUAUUAAAUCAAAGAAAUCAACUUUCCAUCAGAGAUCUUCUUAUUUCGAUAGAGAAAAUGAGCUCAGCGCUGUAGAUACCUUUAGGGGUUUCUACACUCUCUUUUGGAUUUUCGCUGCUAUGACUGGCAUACGCACGGCUGUAGAGACCUACGAUGCUACCGGAAGCAUUCUAGGCUUAAAUUUUGGCAGGUUGAUCAGCAGAGAUGGUCUUGUUUUGGCUAUCUCUGACGCAAUCCUCGUCGCUUCCACUUGUCUCUCUUUUCUAUUCAUCAAAGCCAUUCAAAGAGGCUGGAUUAGCUAUAAUGCUGUCGGUCUCUCUAUCCAGCACGUCUUACAACUCUUCUUCCUAGCCAUACCCGUCUUUUGGGCCUUUCAGAGAAAUUGGCCUUGGGUUCAGUCUGGUUUUUUGACUUUACACUCUCUCACUAUGAUAAUGAAGAUCCACUCCUACAUGGCUACAAAUGGUCACUUCGCUAAUUUGCACUCUAAGAUUAAAUCUCUCGAGGCUCAAUUGGCAAAACUCAGCAAUUCCUCACUCGAAGCCACCGUAGAGCAGAGAGAAGCAGAAGUAUCAAACAGAGCCGAGAGCGACCUCAGACAGCGCAAAGCGUUUAGCAAGGCAAUUACUAGGGUUGAGCAAGAAGAGCAAGCAUCCAACAGUGGCGUUUCCACACCUCUAGGCUCAAACGAAAUUGAAACUGCUCAUGUCAACGAUGUGCAUCACCAUCCUCUCACAACCUCCUCUAAUCCAGAUGUAGCUAAAGUAGCUAGCGAGAUCAACGAGCUCACUUCACAUAUCACUUCACAUGGUCCUACUAAAAUCUCUUAUCCGGAUAACGUAACUCUGGCUAACUUCCUCGACUACCUCCUUAUUCCUACGCUCGUGUACGAGCUGGAGUAUCCCCGCACGGAGCGUGUGCGACUGUGGUAUGUGAUCGAGAAAACGCUGGCGACUUUCGGUACUUUCUACAUACUCUACAUGAUAAGCGAGCAUUACAUUUCACCAAAAAUGCCUCGUCCGGAAGAAUCAUUCGCUAGAACGUGGUUGGAUUUGUGUAUACCAUUUCUCUGCAACUACGUCCUUCUAUUCUACAUUAUCUUCGAGUGCAUCUGCAACGCCUUUGCUGAGCUUACGAGAUUUGCUGAUCGAGAGUUUUAUGAGGAUUGGUGGAACGCUACAACAUGGGACCAGUUUGCGCGUAAGUGGAAUAAACCAGUGCAUAUGUUCCUCCUCAGACAUGUCUACGUCUCCACACUCUCUACAUAUAAGAUCUCCAAGCAAUCAGCAACUAUGCUCACCUUUCUGCUUUCUGCACUCAUACACGAGCUUGUGAUGGCUGUUGUAACUAAGAAGAUCAGAAUGUAUUUGUUCGUCUUGCAGAUGGCCCAAUUGCCAAUGAUUGCUAUUGGUAGAUUGCCCUUAGUCAGAAGAUAUCCUGAGUUUGCUAACAUGUUCUUCUGGCUUGGAUUGAUGUCUGGACCACCGCUGCUAGCUGAUACACCGAUAUACACCUCUAUACAUACACCCAUCAUGGAUCGUCGCAAGGCAGAGAUAGAGGAGAAGAGAGCCAAGUUGGGAGAAUUGAAGAGAGCGAGAGGCGAAAGAAAGAGGGGGUUGGAUAGUGCGAAUAAAUCUACCGCUGAUAGCGUUGCCGGCGCUGCUCAGGCUGCUGAGAUUUCAAGCGUUACGGAUUACAAUAGGAUAGGGAAGAAAGAGAUAGAUGAUCUUGUCGCGUCGCUCGUUGGAUCGAAUUCAUCGGUACUGAGCGAUAGAACAAACGAUAUUCGCCGUGAAGGUCAAUCAGAGCAAGCAGAGGAAUCACAAGUUACAAAAGCUGAAUAUACCCAGCAGCCUAUCCUACAAUCAGUCGAUCACGAGGUGUUCUAUUUACCUUUAAAGGAAACCGUCACUUACAAUAAAGAAGUACAAACGGCUUUUAUACCUGAUGACGAACACGAAACACUUGUCGAUUCAGCUGUGGGAACAGAGACAGCUGAUGAGCUAAGGCAGCGCAUGCAUAAAGAAGAGCAUUUACGCGUCGAAAAUGAAAGAAAAUUGGCAGAGGAAGAAGCUGCUAUUCAGCGUGAGAUUGAUCAAGAGAUAUUAGAUAUCUCAGAGGAAGAGAGAUUGGCAGUAUACACUUCACCAGAUUUUGGUGACUUUAUCGAAAGUUCCUCAAAGAUGAUUCAACGAGCAUUAUCAGAUAAUUAUGAUGUGACGAGGGAUUAUCGGAUGGCCAUGGAUAAUGCUAAUCAUGAUAACGAGUCAAAGAAUAUGAAGCUUGUUUGUUCUUUCGCUGAUGAAAAAUGGACUAAGAACCGUUCGAUUACUGCUGUUGAUUGGUCUCACAUUUUCUCGGAACUCAGUCUGGCUGCUUACAACAAGAACUCGGCUUCAUUCAAUGAUCCAAAUGGUAUUGUCGCCGUUUGGAACAUGCAUCUGCUAGAUCGACCAGAGUUUGUGUUACAUUCUCAAUCAGAUGUUCUCAGUGCGACCUUCUCACCAUUCCACGCUAAUUUAAUCUUUGGUGGUACAUAUUCUGGUCAAAUAUUGUUAUGGGAUACACGUGCUAAGCAGACGCCAGUACUGAGAACACCACUAAGUGCUACUGGGCAUACUCACCCUGUUUACGAUAUGCAAGUGAUUGGUACACAAAACGCAAACAAUCUCAUGACGACGAGUACGGAUGGUUUAGUUUGUGGGUGGACAGUUGAUAUGCUUGCACAACCGCAGGAAAGCAUAGAAUUGUCGCGUACCGGAAAUAGCAAGACAGAUGAAGUAGCAAUAACAUGUUUUGAUUUACCACACGCCGAGACAAUGUCAUUCUACGUGGGCACGGAAGAGGGUGCAAUCUACCAUGCCCACAGACAUGACAGAGCAGGAGUAAAGGCGGGCAUAGAUCACAAUGAGAUUUACUCGGACCACAGUGCGCCGGUCAACUCACUCGACUUUCAUCCACUCUCACUCAAUCGGACGACGACCAAUACGAAUGAUUUCACUGACCUUUUCUUGACGACCUCGAUAGAUUGGACUAUUAAGCUGUGGUCAACAAAAGGUAUAACUGCAGCGAAUGGCCAGCAGCAGCAGCAGCAGCAACAGCAGACACAGACACAGCACACACAACAACACCACAAACCAUUGCAGACUUUUGAUGAACACACUGACUGCGUAUAUGACGCGAAAUGGCAUCCGCAUCACCCAGCAGUAUUUGGAUCCGUGGAUGGGUGCGGGGAGUUUAAACUGUGGAAUUUAAACGUGGAUACGGAAGUGCCAAUAAGCAGUGCAGUACCAUCGAGUAGAGCAUUGAACAGGAUGUCAUGGGAGCGCAAGGAGGGUAAACGCGUUGGACUUGGAUCGAGUGAUGGAAACCUCUAUGUGUACGAUAUAGGAGAACAAGCGGGGCUGAGAGGAGGUACAACGGAGUGGGACGAGCUGCAAACAUCUCCACAGUCUUCGCCCGUGUCAUCACCCACUCAAUCCCCUUUCUUGUACGCACCACCAGCCCCAACGAAUCAAGCGCUAUUCUUUCAUCAGCAGCAACAACAAUGGGCAGCCGCUGCAGCCGCUUAUCACCACCAGCAACUCAUGCUACAACAGAAUCACAUGUUUACACCGCCUAACCCAGAUUUUACUGGCCGGAGAAGAACAUCCUCUGGGCCGCAAAAACCGAGCUCAACGCAUCCGUAUCAAGAGUCUAGGCAACAAUCACAGUCUUACUCUCAAGUCGCUUCUUUAAAUCCACGUUCAACCGCUAAUCAUAGGAGAUCAAAAUCCGAUGCUUUAUCAAAGGAUGAUUUGAUUGUGAGGAAUACUACCAAGGGUAGUACUGGUAGUUUGGGUGGUCCGGGUAGCCCAAGUGGUCCAGGCAGUGUAGCAUCACCUACUUCUCGCCCUAUGGUAAAUAGAACGGAAUCAACCCCAGCUACUGGUGCUUCUAGCUCUCACAAAAAGCACGAUGAUCUUGUGGAUGAUUUCAGCCCUCCAAUGGGACGUAUGCGCAAGAAUUCUCAUAGCUCAAACGAUUCAAGAUCUUCUAGGCAGUCUUCAGCUACUCAAGCCACUCAAUCACCUCAAUCAACUCACAAAGAUUCUCCAACUAGUCUAAAUAACAACAAACAAUCACAACAUGUAAGGCCAUCACCACUUUCACAACAAUCACCGCAUAAUUUGAAUGAUACUAUUGCGAAUAAGACUGAUAAACCAGGUCUAAAAUCACGAUUUAAACGAGCAUUAUCAAGUUCAAAUGAUAUAAGUGAAAGAAUUCCUAUCGAUGAUAGCGCUAUCGGUAAAAAUUCAUCAGCUUCUUCACCACUAGCGACGAAGUCUCAGCCUCAAACUCAGCCUAACAAACAAUCACCCUCACCACAAUUACCACCACGGACAAGAACAAUCUCUGAAUCGAAUAGAGUUAGACCAGGUGAAAAUAAUGAAGCUAACGAGAAACCAGCUAAAAAGCAUAGCAUUUUCAAUUCCAAAUUUAACGUCUCAACUGAUAACAUUUCCAUUUCUUCAGCCGCUUCUUCUGCAUCUGUUAUGUUACGUAAGAUUGGUAGCGUUGGUAAAAUAGCAAGAAGAAGCUCAUUUGCUGGUCUUACCAAUCUAUUUAACAAGGAUAAAGACAGAGAUAGUGGUGGUGAAGAGCCAGAGGAUAUGAACAACAAAUCUAUUGGAUCAAAGCUGAAAAAGAAGAAGAAGAAUAAACGUAAGAAGGAACCAUCGACUUCAAUAAGUCAUGCAACUGCUGAAGUUGAUAGACAUUCAAUCAUUAAUGAAGAACCUGAAUAUAUUGAUGGUUUGAGUCCAGCAGCAGCCCUAGUCAAGCAGCAUCAGGAACAAGUUGCAGCAGCUGAGGCUAAAUCAGCUAAAUCAUCUAAAUCGUCUAAAUCUUCAAGUCGCCUUAAUUCAAAUAGCUAUAAUCACGCAGGUAGUGAUAGUAAGUCAAGAUUGCCAGGUGCAAUUGAAGCGAAAGGAGAUGGCGAUUCAAUAGUAUCACAAGAUGAUGAUGAUCUAACGCAAGGUUUACAAGGAGUACAAAUUCAUCAAGAAGAGUGGCAUGGUUCUUGUCAGUAUGAUUCGAAUGCCGCGCCACAUCGUCGUGAGCAUAUUUUGAAAGGCAUAUUGAAAGGAGCAAGAACAUACCGUCAAGAGGAUUUUGAAGAAAGACAGCAGCUACGUGGUCGGUCAAACUCUUUUACCUUUACCAAUAUAAUGAAAGAUGAGGAUGGUCGGGAAGUUCAACCGCAAGUUUCUCAUCAAUUACCUUCACCGGAUGCAGAUAAGAUUGAUGGUAUAGCCUCAAGACCGUCAUCGAUGCACAAACCAAUCGACAAACCUUUAGUAAAUCACAAUAAUUCAACUUCUGCAUUACCAGUACAAGCAAUGAUCAAUUUGGCUGCUCAACCAAAGAGAAAGUGUUCAUUUGCCAACUCUAUGGGGGUUCAAACAACUUGGCCUGCUACAAUAUAUGAUAGAAGGGGAGAACCUGCGACAUGUAACAGACUGACACCUGAAUUGGCGCAAAUGAUAAAAGAGGAAAUGAACGCGUUCAAAAUGGAAGAAAUGAGAGUACACGCAAGCUCGAGGUUAAACACGCAAUUUUUCCUAUAA